AUGAGCAGUUUUUACGGAGCUUCUGGAGGCGACGGAGAUGACAGUACUUGGGGACCUGGAGCAUGCACAUCCCUUUCUCAGCUACAUGGCAUGAAACGCCUAACACUUGGCCAAGUCAUCGGGAAAAAACGCCGCAAGGAGAAAAUCGUCAUGUGCACGGCGUAUGACAUGUUCACGGCACGAGUUGCAGAUGAUGCGCUGGUGGACAUUCAGCUUGUUGGCGACUCGCUUGCUAAUGUUGUCAUGGGGGAGCCCAGGACGACAGCUGUUGAUCUGGACACUAUGAUCUUGUUCGCCAAGCUUGUUCAGAAAGGCAGUCGGCGAUCCAUUGUAAUGUUUGACCUUCCAUAUGGUACAUAUAAUACACCAAAGGAAGCAGUUGCAACGACUGUUAGAGUGGUCCAAGAGACGGGUAUUCAGCUAGUGAAGCUGGAAGGGUACCUUCCGGAUGUUGUAAGGGAGGUACAGAGGCACGCCGCGGUUUGUUGCCACAUUGGCUUGCUUCCGCAAACUGCCACUUCAUUUGCAAGCACAGGAAGCACAGCAGCAGAUGCGGAGAGGCUUCUGCAGCAGGCAGUUGAUCUGCAAGAGGCAGGUGCUUCCUUCUUAGUACUAGAGAUGGUUUGUGCGGAGGCGGCGGAGCUAAUUUCCAGGAAUCUUAGGAUACCCACGAUUGGUAUUGGUGCAGGUGCCGGGUGUGAUGGCCAGGUUUUGGUCAUUCACGACAUGUUGGGUCUCUGUGGACCGGGCACGAAAGUAUUCAAGUUCGCGAAAAGGUAUGCCAAUCUAUAUGAUAUGGCGGUCUCGGCUGUAGGGACGUAUAGGGCCGAGGUGGUGGCAGGAUCUUUCCCAAAACCGUGCAACUCAACCUUCAUGAAGCCAGCGGAGAGCGAGAAAUUGUCAGCAAUUUGCUCGAGCGGGGUGAGAGCUGCCAUAGAUAUCAAGGCUUUACCCUCAGAGGGCAGUACCACAGACAUUUCCGCUUCCAAGACAGCCAAAACGUGCUCUGCGGGACUUGAAAGCUCGUCGGACUCCAACGAGGCUGAUUCGAGAGAGCCUUACAAAGUUUGUGUAUGGGGCGGUGGUCGAAUGGGGCAGCUUUUUGCAUGGAUCAUGGCCGGCUCGAUAUCACCCCCAGUUAAUGGAGACUGUGCGGAGUGGCAGCGCAUGCAAAUGCGGGGCACUGAAGUUACCAUCUGCACAUCGAGGGAGGACUUGAUUGCUGCUUGUGUUCGGAAGCGAGGAAUGUUGACUGCACUGCAGUCCGCUGGAGCUGCGUCGUCAGCAGUCCCCAGCGAUCCUGAGAGUGGCGCUAAGCAUUCCUUCAUGCUGACGAACGAAAUGGUCCAGGGUGGCUGUUGUGCUAGUGGGGCAGGGGAGCAACGACGAGUAAACGUGAUUUCACGCAAAGCGGCAGAGUCUUUGGGCCGAGUUUUUGAUCUCGUUAUAAUUGCUUGCAACUCAGGAGAUACUCAGCCAAUAGCUGAAUGCGCUUUCGGGGUCGCACGAGCUGAAGGGAUCGUAGCUUCUUUACAAAACGGGCUGAAGGCCCCGCGAAUACUACGAGCACUUCAUGACCGGCUAUUACUCUCAGGAGGCAAACCCUCUCCUCUCGUGUUCAUGCCGACGUCCCUUGCUGCGGCUGAGGAGGAACCGCUGCACGUACAAAAAGUUGGCAAUGGCCAUGUGAAGAUCUGCGGGCAUAUGCAUCGAGCAUCACAGAAAGCUGAAGAGCUGUAUGCUAUGCUUCGAGCCAGAGGGGUCUCCUGUGAACUCCUGCCGUGGUACAAGUUGGACGAAAUCUUAUGGGAAAAAGCAGCAGUGAACUGCUGCAUCAACCCUCUCGCUGCGCUGCUGAACUGUGCCAACGGCCAACUUGUGGACCCCAGAAUGGAGCUUACCAGGAAGCUGGUGGUGUCCGAGGUUGUGGCCGUUGCGAGGGCGAAAGGCAUUCCGUUGACAUUUGUAUGCAUCAUUUAA